AUACACUUGAUGCGCCACAGCGGUGACAGACUGACAGUGCCAUCGGGUUGUUUUCCCUUUUACUUACUGUUCCACUAUUGCCUUCUCCAUUAUUUUAAAAGAAAAUAAGUUUUUUUUUUUCGGUCAAGUACUCAAGUUAAUGUUUCAAGUAUAACAGAUAACAGACAGAUAGGCAACAAACUCAACACAACAUUGGCUGUGUUGUGUGCUGAAAGUAAUGCACCACAUUUUUAGUUACUUCCCUGGAUUUUUGAAGACAUCUUGUCUACAAUUUAAGGUGUGAUUUACUUUAGUUAACCCAAUCAAAUUCUCUACUUAUUUAUGUGUUUGUCACCGUGAAAUUUCUUUUAAAUCAAAGACCUGCCCAAAUCCAUUUCAAGUGUAACUUAUCACAUCAUACCAUAGACUAUACAAACUUCAAUAGCUCACUAGGAAGAUUAAUCAAUAACUUUGCUCACACCUGGUAAUUCUAAAUUGUAGUUCAAAAGUUGAUGAUGCAGUCACUCAUCAUCUAAUGGGUCUGUAAAGCCAAAUCACUGACAGACUGCAAUCCCACUUUCACACCAUCUAUAAGAAACAUCAUCCAACUCGUCCAGAAUUUAACCUGUCAACAGUAUUGUUAAACUGAAGAAAAAUGUGUAACGCCAGUUCCAAUGUUCAGGUAGAAGAAUUACGAAUUGGAUUGUUUCGUGUGCACUGGGAUUUAGAAAAGAAUAUGCGAAUAAAGAAAUGCGGUUUCUUCAAAAAUAAGCUUCAUUUGCAUGGAUCCCAGUCUGGCCGAAUUUACAACAUCUUCUAUAUAUUUGAAUCACAAGAUUUUGAUGCACUCUACCCUUACAACUUCGGUAUUCGACUCGAAGAGAUAUCGUGCAUUUGUGAUUCCAGCGUUGCUGAAACUAAUGAAUCUGCUGCGAAAUAUCAGCAAAAGGCAGAACGCCAAAAGUUUAACGAUACUUCAUUUCUCCCCACAGAGACUGAAAGAAAAAACGUACCUCCAGUUCGUGUGUGGUUUGAAUUUGAAGAGGCUAAUACCACCACUGACUUAGAAUUGGAGUACGACAAGGAUGAUAAUCACUGGAAAGUUUAUUUUUUCGGUCAAAGACAACCGUUUGGUAUUACAUUGUUUAUGGAUUUUGGGACCAAGGAAAUGGACGAGAAAAUAAUCAUUAACGGACUAGAGGGAAUGUUUGUCACCCAAACUCUUUGUGACGUCCAUUUCCAGUUUAAAGACGGACAAUCUGUUGGUGCCCACAUCGUAAUCCUUUCGGCCGGAAGUCCCGUUUUUUCAGCCAUGUUCCAGUCAGGGCUUUUAGAAUCAAAAUCCCGAAUAGUGGACAUCGACGACAUUGAAUUUGAUGUGUUCCGGCAACUGCUCAUCUAUUUGUAUACAGGAAUGGCUCCCAAAGUGACAGAGGAAUCCAUCACUCAGUUGCUCUUCGUGGCGUCUGAUAAAUACGGCGUGGAAGCUCUCAAGAAUAAAUGUGUUAAUGUGUUGAAAACUCAACUGAAAAUCAGCAACGCGAUCUCAAUUUUGGUUUGGGCUCACUUCCAUUCCAUUCCAAAGCUCUUAAAAAAAGCUAUGAAAUUUGUGUUGAUAAAUUGCAGUAAGCUCUCCCGUCAGCCCGAAUGGAUGGAGUUGAUGAAGAACUAUCCGGAACUAUGUCUCGACAUCACCCAACGCAUCAGCGAUCUUACAUGAACUGUUAUUUUUGUUUUUUAUUUUCGUAUUAUUUUUCCACUACCAUUAGAAGUGUCAUUCCAAUGAUAAAUAUGAACUCUUAAAUUUGGCUUUCCUAGAUUCUGAAUAAUUUGUUUCGCCCAUAAUAUUGUUUGAUGAUAAUCACAUGAUUCACAUCCAUGGUAUUCAGUCCGAAAGUUGUUGGAUAUAACUAGGUGAAUAGAAAGAAAGUCGAUUUGUUUGGUGAUAGUA